GUCUUUUCCAGAAUUGUGCUUAGUUUUUGAUAACAUUUCAUGUGUGUGUUUUUGAGAAUCAUUUUCUAAACCGAGUUUUUAUGGAAGCUACUGGCGAUCAAUUAAUUUUGGCCACAGGUGGCUAUGACCACACAAUAAAAUUGUGGCAGGCGCACACCGGUAAUUGCAUUCGGUCAAUGCGUUUCGUUGAGACAUCACAAGUGAAUGCUCUCGAUCGCACACCAGACAAAACUCGAUUGGCAGCUUGCGGUUAUCAAUGCAUUCGUUUAUAUGAUAUGGAAUCCAGCUGCACCGCUCCAGUUAUCAACUUUGAGGGUGUACAAAAGAAUGUAACACGCUUAGGUUUUCAGGAAGACGGCAACUGGAUGUUUACUGCUGGCGAAGAUCACCGUGUCCGCAUAUGGGAUAUGUUGUCACCUCAGCCACAUUGCUCAAGAGUUUUCGACUGUCAGGCUCCUGUAAAUGCUGCCUGCUUGCAUCCAAAUCAAGUAGAAAUAGCUAUGGGUUCACAAAACGGUGGUGUUUAUUUGUGGGAUGUUAAAUCUGAGGUACAUGAUCAAUUGAUACCGGAGGUAGAUGCGUCCAUUCAGGAUGUGGCAAUUUCACCUGAUGGACAGUACAUGGCAGCUGUAAACAAUAAAGGCAAUUGCUACAUUUGGUCUCUUAGCUCAUCGCCAAAUCAACAACUAAGUACUCUUAGUCCCAAACUUAAAAUAGCAGCACAUAAGCGAUAUGUAUUGCGAUGCAAAUUUAGUCCAGACUCUCGACUGCUGAUAACUACCUCCGGUGAUGGAACUGCGCGCAUUUGGGAGACUGAGCAUUUUACGAUGUGGCGUGAAUUAUCUGUAGAUAAUUAUUGGGUGUGGGACGCAGCGUUCAGCGCUGACUCUAAAUAUGUGUUCACCGCUUCAUCCGACAGCAUAGCCCGCCUAUGGAAACUGCAAACUAAGAACGCGGAAAGAAAGUACACCGGUCACACUAAAGCUAUAACUGCUCUGUCAUUCAAAGAUGAAAUAGUAUCGGAAUAACAUGACGCUUUAGGGAGUGAAACGGGUGGUAAGUUGUUGUGUGGGUCACGAAAUUUAUGUAAUUGCCGCAAAGAAAAGAAUAGAACAAGUGGUGGUAUAUGCUGCUUAUUUACCACAUACUUUGAAGUCUAAUAUUCAAGAAUAAAGACUAAAGGCACCUUUCCCCAUGCUCUGCGAUGUUUAUAUACUAAAAUUCUUGGUUAUAACGCCAGCAUAUUUCUACCCCAACUUUAUUCUUAGUACAAUAUGUAGUUUUAUAUUAAGCAUUAUUUUUACUAUUUUAUAAGUGUGUUAACCAUAUAUGUAAUACUCCUAUAUUGGCAGUAAGAGCUAGUACCGUCCGAAAACACUACAGUACGGAUAUAUCAAUAAACACGUACGAAAGAAAAGGAACAGAUACGUAUAUAAAUAAACAUGUACACAACACAUAUACAAAAACGGCACUCAAGUACACAAUACAUUGACAAAAACAGUACUAGACCGUCUCGAUUUGAUUUCGGAAUGCUUACACAUUGAGAAGUUAGCUUACUGCCAAUAUAGAAGUAUUACAUAUAUGGUGUAAACAAACGAUAUUGCGCCAAAUGUGCAAAUGCGAUAUUGUAUAGAUAUACAUACAUACAUAAGAUUUCAUUUAUAAAUAUUCACAGUAGGCGUCAGCAUUCAAAUAAAAUGUUUAAAUACCAUUUUAAUACAAGACGAUAACUUAAGCCUUUUUUACAACAAAGCUUUCAGUUUUCAUUAUACAAGUGAAUUAAAACCUUAAAUUAACAUUUGAAACAACCCU